AUGGCAACCAAAAAAUCUCUUGUGUUUGUCACUUCGAACUUAAAAAAAUUAGCCGAAGUCAAGCAGAUUCUCUCCGGUUUUGAUGUUACUCAUCAUAAAGUUGACCUCCUCGAGGUUCAAGGAUCGUAUGAGGAAGUGGUAAAGGCCAAGGCUAAACAGGCCUACAAAGAAUUGGGGAUUCCAGUUAUUGUUGAGGACACUUCUUUAUGCUUCAACGCAUUUGGAGGCCUCCCAGGACCCUAUAUCAAGUAUUUCUUGGAGAAUCUUGGUCCACUUGGCUUGUAUAAGAUGCUAGCUGGGUUUGAAGACAAGUCAGCCAAGGCGGUUUGCAUUUUUGCGUACUGUGAGAGCGCCGAGAAAGAGCCAAUUGUCUUUGAAGGUAAGAGUCUUUUUGAAAAAAAAAAAUAAAAAAAUAUUUUUUUUCUUACAGUGAUAUUGAAAAUUUAGGUAUUUGCGAUGGUCAAAUCGUGACUCCAAGGUAUAAUACGGCCGAACCGUUUGGAUGGGAUCCUUGUUUCGAACCCAAAGGAUUCAACAAAACGUUUGGCGAGAUGAAUCCAGAGGAAAAACAUCAAAUUAGUCAUCGUUCAAGGGCGCUGGACAAACUAAAACAGUUUUUCAGUUAA